AGCCGUGGACGGACGGGCGCUCGGUCGUGGGGCCGGCCGGGCACUUCCUGUAGAGGCCGCAGCGGGCGCGGGCGCCGACGCCAACGGGCCGAGCGAGCGAGCGAGCGAGCCGAGCCUCCCGCCGCCGCCGAGCCGCCGCCAUGGGCCAGAACGACCUGAUGGGCACGGCCGAGGACUUCGCCGACCAGUUCCUGCGCGUGACCAAGCAGUACCUGCCGCACGUGGCACGCCUGUGCCUCAUCAGCACCUUCCUGGAGGAUGGGAUCCGCAUGUGGUUCCAGUGGGGCGAGCAGCGCGACUACAUUGACACCACCUGGGGCUGCGGCUACCUGCUGGCCUCCUGCUUUGUCUUCCUCAACCUGCUGGGCCAGCUGACUGGCUGCAUCCUGGUGCUGAGCAGGAACUUUGUGCAAUAUGCCUGUUUUGGGCUCUUCGGCAUCAUCGCACUACAGACCAUCGCCUACAGCAUCUUGUGGGACUUGAAGUUUCUGAUGAGGAACUUGGCUCUGGGUGGUGGGCUGCUGCUACUCCUGGCCGAGUCGCGCUCGGAGGGAAAGAGCAUGUUUGCAGGAGUCCCUACCAUGGGCGAGAGCUCACCAAAGCAGUACAUGCAGCUGGGUGGCCGUGUCCUGCUGGUGCUGAUGUUCAUGACGCUCCUGCACUUUGAUGCCAGUUUCUUCUCUAUCCUGCAGAACAUCGUGGGCACAGCACUGAUGAUCCUCGUGGCUGUGGGCUUUAAGACCAAGCUGGCUGCUUUGACGCUGGUAGUGUGGCUGUUUGCCAUCAAUGUCUACUUCAACGCCUUCUGGACCAUCCCUGUGUAUAAGCCCAUGCACGACUUCCUCAAGUACGACUUCUUCCAGACCAUGUCAGUCAUUGGGGGGCUGCUCCUGGUGGUGGCCCUGGGCCCGGGGGGUGUCUCCAUGGACGAGAAGAAGAAGGAGUGGUGACGGGCCUCCCCAGCCGGGCCGGAUGUGAACUGCGGUCCCAUCCCCCCUCCCCUGGUAAAGGCACAGAUGUUUGGAGAACUUUAUUUGCAGAGGCCUGACAAUUGAUGGUUCAGUCGAGGGCUGGCAGCUGGUGGGGUGCAUCUCCCUGCCCAGAUUGGGGCCCUGGCUCCCCAGGCUGUGGUUCUAGUUUUCUUUGGGGGGGGUUUAGGGGAGUGAUCCUGGGAGCAGAAACUGGGGUGCACCAUUUCAAAGUAGCCUCCUGCCUUGCCCUCCUCUCCUUAAGUUUACGUUUUUUUAGCUCAAACAAUUCAAUGAUUUGGGGCGGCCCCACCAGUAGUUGGGCGAGGGCCUGAAUAAGGGAUGAGACCCAGCAAGUCAGGGUGGCUCAAGGUGCCAUAUAUCAGAACCCAGCUCGGUGCCCACUGCCUCACGGGUUAACCCCUGGGGGUGCCGUAGUCUUGCUCUCAGCCCACUGGCCUGGAAGCUUAUCGGUGGCUCCCGUGCAGCAGACCCUGGGGUGCAGGGCAUUGAUUGGCGAGAGGUUCAGACUAGUUACCUCACACCUGGCCUUUUGGGGUGCCACCCCCUGGCUGCUGCUUGCUCAGACCCCGUCUGUUCCGCUGAAUGCAGCCCACAUUACUUUGUACGAUUUGUGAUGCCUUAGCGAUCGGAUCUGAAUCCUGUAUUUAAAGUUUUCUAACAUUGCCUUA